CUGCUCACUUUCCAGUCUUUGGUCUCUUCGGUCCAUGAUGGUCGGUGGGUUUUAACCACGCUGCGCUUCCGUUUUUUCCACAUGGCCUCCACAGCAGCACCGCCGAGUCGCGGCGCCCUGCGCGUGGCUGUGGGCAGUGUGGUUCUCGUGAGUUUUGGUCUUGUACAGUGCGCUCAGUGGAGUUUUGUCACUUCCCAUCGCGAUUCCCGUGGUGACCACAACUGCCUGCGCCGCUGGCUGCGCAGACGCGUUGCGCGUGAGGCAGCCACGGCAGAUCUGGAUCUGGAUCUGAUGCUAACCUCCCCGCCUGGCAGUGGCCUCUCAAGAUACAAAGGCACGGGCUUCGACCCGGAGGCCUGCGGCGAGGCCUGUGAGGCGCUGGCCGAGGCGAUUGCCAAGGGGAACCAGCAGCAGGUGGAGAGCCUCAUUUGCGCGCUCAAGCUGAUGAUGCCACCAAGCAGCGGUGCUGAGCAGGCCUUAGGCCCACCGCGGGACAACUUCAUCUUGCGCCCGGAGGAACUCGAUUGGUCCGAGCAGGACUUCCUUGGAGGCCUGGAGGAGAACCAGCGCAUCGUCCAGGAGUGCGAGGCCAAGUUCGCACGGCUGGUGGCACAGCACCCCGAGGGCUUCCGAGCCCCAGAGGUCUUGGCCAAGGGCUUGGACCUGGCGGUGGUUUACCUGAAGAACUACGCGCUCGACAAGGCCGACGCCUUGUACGAGAUCACCAAGCCGCAUUGCCUCUCAAGAGGUUUGCCUUGGAACGUGAAGUGGUUCCAAGACUGCGCGACGUUGCGGUGCAAGCAGAACCGCCAAGCGGAGGCCGCGCCCAUGCUGGAAGAGGUGGCCAAGCUAACGCCGCCGCACGAGGCGACUUUGAGGAAUUUGGGCACGGUUUACAACCAGCUGCGGGAGCACGACAAGGCGAAGGUCUAUUUUGAUGCGGCGGCAGAGCUGGUCGGCGAGCGCGACAGCAAUGGCAAGCUCAUUCUAGACAAGGAGGAUCUUUGGAACAUUGGCCUGGUGCACAAGAACAAAAAGAACUACGCGGAGGCUGCGCCCAUGCUGGACCAGGCCUUGGAGAAGUGGCUCAAGGAGGAUCCCGAGGACGACGUGACAUUAGCGAAGCUUUACGACUCAGUGGGCAGCUGCUACGAUGAAAUGGGGAGGCAUGAGGAGGCGGUCGAAGUUCUCCAAAAGGCCAAGGACUUGUAUGAUCGCUCCAUCGGUACCGAGAGCCCCUUGUACGGCAGCGCUUGUGAGCGGCUGAGCCGAGCGCUCGUGCAUGCGCAGCGGCAUCAAGAAGGUUUGGACAAUCUCAUCGAAGCCUUCACAGUCAUUGCGCUUCAGGACGCUGUGCACCCCACGCCGCUCUUUGAGCUUUUGGGCAUCGCUUUGGAGGAGAUCCCCAUCACCAAGGAGGUGGACGUGCGCGAGCUGGCGCGGCUGGAGAUGCCGAUCCAGGCGGCGGUGCGGAACAUGCGCUAUCGGGGCCUGGAUCAAGUGGGGCGUACCAUGUUCUUUUCAUUUCGAUGGCAACUGUGGAGUCCUCUUCGAGCGCAUGGCGCGCGCGCUGGUGCUCUGCAGCUCUGCCGGUGGCACGGCCGAGGAGCAGCGCUCGGCCGGGCAGCGCCGCGCGACCGCGCGGACGCUUCUGCUGCACGCACGGCCGCUAGUGGAGCAAGCCACCAAAGAGGGCCUGGCGGAUUUGACGCAUAUCUCCAUGCUGAUUGACACGGAGCUGCAAGCCUUAGAGAACCAAGAUGCCGCUGCCCGUCUUGGUUUGCCCCAGCAGAUGGGCCAAACGCCGGCAGCGCCAACACCCGUCCCAUCCAGACCAGCUCCACCAGUGCCUCCAGUCGCUGUGGCACCACCGGUGCCCGCACCCGUGCCCGCACCGGUCCCAGCAGUCCCACCGGUGGCUGCACCGGUGGCAGCACCGGCCGCGGUGCCGGGAGCGCCGACGGGGUGGCGACGGAGAUGAGGAGACGAGGAGAUCCUCGUAGCCUGCGACGAAGACGACGAGGGUCACCAGUUGGUGAUCAAGCGUGGUGAAGCGUCGGAAAAAGCAGAAAAGGAGUCAGUGUGGCUGCCUGCGAUUCUGGGACCCUGAAAUCAUUGUACAGCGCCUCCAAAGAAUGGACUGCC